AUGGCGCAGACUACUGUAACUGUAGUGGCAACCAAACGCCAUGCUCUUGAUCCGUACAUCAAGAUUCUUCAGAAUCGAUCAGAUGGUAUUGAUGUCUCCUUUUCCUCGUACCUCAAGCCUGACAACAACGAACAACGACAAAAGGAGCAUGAGGAUACUGAGCUAAGUAUCUUCGAAGCUAAGAGUUACUUUAGCGAAACCGGAAGCGACGAGAAAUGCCAGACGAGGAAUCUUAGUGGUCCAAGAUUCUCUUCGGUUUCAUCUGCAAAAGUGUCUUCUUUUACCGUAGGUCACACGGCAUCCUCUGAAGCUAGUUGGAACAGCCAAACCGGUUUGCUCUGUAACAAAAACCGCCAAGGAUCGGACCGAGAUGGACGUGGAAGCAGCAAGAAAGGACCCAGAUGGUUUUUUAGACGCAGGACUUGUCCUUGUUCUAGCUCCAAAUCGGUUCAGGUCCAAGAAUCCAAACCAAGAAUCGCAGUGCCCAAAACCGGUUCUGACCGAGUCGUGUCUAACCGAAUCGUUCAUCAUCAUCAGACGAUAUCUUCGCCUGAGCCAAUAAGAUUAACGAUCCCUUCAAACACGGUGACUCGGUCCAUCGAGUACACCGAAAACAGAGAAGCUAGAGCUCCAGUUAGUAAUUUUAGCUUCCCAACUCUAACCGAAACUUCAAAUUCAUCAGAGAACCCCAAGAAUCCGGUUAUGAAUACAAUUAAACCGGUUUUAGUUGAACCUGUUCUGCAUCCGAUUAAACCGGUUCUGAAUCAGACGAGUCCCAAGGGAGCCACCACAGACGAAGAAGCCACGAGCGACGCUAGCUCCGAUCUUUUUGAGAUAGAGAGCUUCUCUACUCAACACGCAGCCCGUCCGUGGGCACCAUCCGCAUCCAGGGACUCGAUAGACGAGACCAUGUCUGAGUUUGGAUACGAGCCGAGUGAAGCAAGUGUUACAUGGAGCGUUAUGACCGCGGAGCCAGCCUCGGCGGUUGCGGCUAGCUUCUCAAGAAUUGGCUUGUCGCCGUCUUCGUCGCUGGUCGUUACCGGCUUCGAUAAGAAGAGAACCGGGUCGUUGAGCUGUCGUUAUGAGAAAGCCGUUAUGGUUAGCGGCGGUCAACGUUUGGUGCAACCUCUUAAGAGCGUUAGCUUUCAGAAAGAUGUCGCGGAAAAGGUGUUUUGCAACAAUGGCAGUUCGAAACAAUGUGUGACAAGUCGAGAUAUGCUAGAUACCAAAUCUUCCUUCUUGGUUUAGGUCCAGGUUACUCCAUUAUCUUGUAUUUUUUUUUGUGCUUCUCUUGUAAAUUUGCUCUGUUUUUUUACUUUCUGUUGGGUUAAACAAUGUGUAAUGAAGACUGUGG